AUGGAGGUAGAUACUCAAGGUUUGAACCAGCAAGCAAAAAUUGCUGAAGAUGAACAACACAAGCAAUCAGUCUGGGAAGCGCUCUGGGCCCAUCCCAAAGCAGUCUUCUGGUCGUUUAUGGUCUCAAUGUGUGUGAUUAUGGAAGGUUACGACACCAUCCUCCUCGGAAAUUUCUUUGCUUAUCCGCAGUUCGCACGCAAAUUUGGAACUUGGAUUCCCAGUGAAAACCAAUAUCAAUUAACCGCUAGCUGGCAGGCUGGUCUGAAUAAUGCAUCUGGUGUGGGGGCAUUUUUUGGAGCUAUUGCAAACGGUUAUUUGGUUGACAGAUUUGGUCAGAAGCGUGUGAUCCUUGCAUCUCUAGUCGGAUUGUCGAUGCUACUUUUCAUCGUCUUCUUUGCACCUAAUAUCGAGGCUCUUCUGAUUGGCGAGCUGCUUUGUGGAUUUCCUUGGGGUAUUUUUGCAACUGCAUCUCCAGCGUAUGCUUCGGAAGUUCUUCCUCUCUCACUACGUGUCUACAUGACUAGCUGGACGAACAUGUGCUUCAUUAUUGGGCAAUUGAUUGCCGCCGGUGUUCUUGCAGGACUCGUGGACGUAUCUAACGAAUGGUCAUACCGUAUUCCCUUUGCCAUACAAUGGGUGUGGCCCUGCUUCCUGUUCCCCAUAUUAUGCUUUGCACCGGAAUCGCCCUGGCAUCUGGUUCGUAAGGACCGACUGGAUGAGGCAAAGAAAUCACUAGAAAGACUCAUCCGUUCAAAGGAACCAGAUGGUUCACCCAACUUGACCGACAUCGACAAUACUCUCGCUCUCAUCAUCCACACCGACAGAAUGGAACGAGAAGAGUUGAAAAUCAAAACGACCUAUUGGCAAUGUUUCCGUGGCAUCGAUCGGCGACGAACAGAGAUUGCCUGUGUCUCCUUUGUUGGUCAAGUCACGGCCGGAAUGGGCUUUGCUUACAAUUCGACUUAUUUUUUCCAGCAAGUUGGCCUUACCACAGAUCAAACAUACAAAAUGAACAUCGGUGUUACCGGUCUUGGUUUAUUUGGUACAUUAAUGUCAUGGUUGCUCGUGUUGCCGAGAUUUGGUCGGCGUACAAUAUACCUUGCUGGCAUGCUCAUCUGCGCUAUCAUUUUGUUCAUUAUUGGUAUUUUGACCGUUGACACAAGCCACAAAUCCAUCGGAAUGGCGCAAGCUGUCCUCUGUCUUGUUUGGACAUUCUUCUUCCAGCUUACGAUUGGACAAUUAGGAUGGUCUCUUCCUGCCGAGAUAGGAUCUACCCGGCUUCGGCAAAAGACGGUCGUGUUGGCGAGAGAUUUUUACUAUAUUGCCAGCACCAUUAGUUCCGUGUUACAGCCUUACUUUAUGAAUCCAACUGCCUGGAACUUGAAAGGCUACACUGGAUUCUUUUGGGGAUCUACAGCGCUUUUGACUUUUGUCUGGGCCUUCUUCCGACUACCUGAAACUAAGGGUCGAUCCUAUGACGAGUUGAACAUGUUGUUCUCAAACCAUAUCGCUGCUCGAAGUUUCCAGAACUGCGAGGUGAGUUCCUUUGAGAAGAAGGAUAGCGGGGAAAAAGAGGCAACAGUGCAUGUGGAAAAGAUCGAUGGCUGAGUACGUUCUGCCCAAUCCCAUUUUCUUGGUGACUUUUCUUUCUUUCUUUUUGGAUCAUCAAGUUGAUGUGACAAUGAUGAAAUAAAUGUACUACCGAGUCAUUAUUCCACUUCAAAUGAUAUCAAUUGAUAAGGAUUUACUUGAAAUGCUGUAUGUAUUUGCUGAGUUUCUC